UCCAUCCAUCCAUCCAUCCAUCCAUCCAUCCAUCCAUCCAUCCAUCCAUCCAUCCAUCCAUCCAUCCUCACAGUGUCCUAAUCACCAGACGCUUGCGCAGGCCGGUGCCGUGGCUGUUUGGGUUACAGUAACACCGGAAGUGGUGAUUAUUCCUGCGGUCGUAACGGAGACGGAGGCGCUUUAAACUCGGUACCCUACUUUUAGGUGUCUCACCUAUGAUGCUGGCAGAAGGACGCGCAGCUCCGUCCUGCCCUGUAAGGUCAGUGUCUGGUGUUCAUUAUCAAUAUGGAACACAUUUGGACCGGACUGACAGGCUCGGCUGUAAUAAACAAAGUCGUUAAAACGGCUGGGGGCGCGAGCUGCAGUUGUGUCACGGGCGCGUGCACGUGCACGUGCGCUUCCCCCCGGGAGCUACCACCCUGCUGUUUGGUUCCUCUGAAAGGAUCGUCGGGAUGAAAUAUCCAGGAAAUGCGGCGGGAAGAGUCGGGAAGACUUCCUAGACUGAAGUGGAAAUAUUUCACUUUUAUGCAUGAGCAGAGCAGUGCGUUAUCCAGCUGAAGAACAUACUGUGCAACAUAUUUCAUAACCAAGGACGACUGGUGGAAGGAAUUGAAGCGAAGAGGAAGGCAGAAAUCCAGCUGCAGUUGGCCUCAGCGCCACAUUUAUGAACAUUUCAGCUUCCCUUUGUUCUUCUGGCCACCCAGGAGGAUUGAAUACACACCCUGUCCACAGUGGAUCACUGGAGCGCCCCUUAAAUUUGCCCCCUCCCCGCCUCCCUCCUCCUGUGGGCUGUAUGGCAGAGUAAAUUUCCCAAAGUAAUUUCCUUAUCUCUGCUCUGAGGAAGUGUUCCCAUAAACUCAGAGCAGUUCAUGUUUUCCCAAGGGAGCUGAAACGAAGAGAACCUGCCUGGAACGGGUUCUCUCUGCAACUUUAGGAACUUUAAGAGUAAACUCUGGCCCAGGCGCAGGGGAUGGGGAACAAAAACGCCGUUCCACCGAGAGGUUCUGGAGGCGGGGUCACUGGGAAGGAAGACGCAGCAUUGGUCAGCAGCGCUACAGGAGGCGUCGCCGCAGAUGAAGCUCAGAGCCCCAGUCCGGAGCUGCUGGCCUCCCUGCAGGCCCUGGGAGAAAAUGACGACUACACUCUGCUGCCGCAAUCCCUGCACCAGAUCGCAGAGACCUACUCACUGAGGCAGGAGCACCAGUGGGCCAUUCGGUUCCUACGGUUGGAGAAGCUGUACCAUGAACGUGUGCUCUCUAAUCUCACAGCCCUGCAGGAGAAAUGGGAGAGUGAGUUCAAUGAGGAGGACGGGGAGAGCCGGGUGCCUCCGGAAGAAGACGGCGUCAGCCGGAAACACAUCGAGAAGCUGAGGCACAUCUGCAAAACACACCACAGACCAUCCUUCAGCCCGGACCAGAAAAACCUGAACUUCAUAGACACUCAGAUUGGGACGGAAACUCUGCAGUCUCGUCAUGGUAAAGCCAACACCCAGAGCAUGAUCUCCCAGUCAGACGUUUCCUCACUACAGAGGGAGGAAGAGAAAGAGCGGCAGGACGAAGGGGAAGAGGAGCUCGAGGAAGGGCAGGAAGUGGAAGCAGAGGAGCGGGAAGUGGAAGCAGAGGAGCACGCGGCGCAGGGCGAGGACACGCCGGAGGAAGAGGAGGUGAAGGUGGAGUGGCCGGCAGGAGUAGCGCAGGCGUCGGACAAAGUCCUGGCCAAACUCUCCAUCGCCGAGGGCAGCUCCUCCCCGGACGGCCUGGUGUCCAUCCUGAAGAGGAGGCGAGCCUCGCUGGACGGACUUCCUCCUCCGAGCGCCGCCGCCGACAAACAGACGUCCAAACGCAAAGUUCGCUUCAGCGAACCAGAGGACGGCGUAGACCAAGAUGACGUCGGCGCAGACUCCUGUCUCAUCCUGCUGCUGCUGUGCCUGGUCACCGUGGUGAUCAGCAUUGGCGGGACUGCGUUCUACUGCACUCUGGCGGACACUUACUCCAACAUCUGCACCGACUUCACUCAGAACGUCGACUUCUACGUCACGAACGCGCGGGGCUUCCUGAAAGGGCUCGGACAAUGGCUCCCCCUGCAGACUUAGGGCCAGCCGGGAUUCAACGCUCUGCGGGCGCCACGGAAGAGGCUUAAACCUGACGGGACCUCCAGAAUCAGCGACAACCUUCACUGCUGCUGCUGAUCCACAGAGUCUGAAUCUCACUGGUCACUGGACAUGUAUGUACACCGGGCCUUGCAGAAGAAUUCACAACCAUAAACUUUUCCAGGUGAUCAUUGUGUUCAUUGCUUCAGAGACGUUUAAUGGGAUUUUAUGAGACAGACUUCAACAUAGUGAACAAUUGUAAGGUGGAAGAAAAAUUAAACAUUAUUGUUUAAAGCAUAUGUCUUUAUACAUUUAAAAUAAGACAAAAAUAUCAGGACAUACAAGUGUGUUUUGAGUCAAUUAUUCCUUAAUAUUGAUUAUAAAUUAGUUCCAAUGGCAGAUUAUUUCACUUGAAGCAUGGGGGAAAUGUCUUGUUAUAAAUGAAGUAAUCUGCCAGCAGAGAUUUUUUAGUCAUUAUUGAGGAAUCAUUGACUGAAAAAUUACUUGUAGAAGCUUUUAUUGUCUCAGAAACUAUAUGUAGAAAAAAUACUUGGUAAGAUUUUGUGCUUUUCUUGUGUUCUAGUCAUUUGGCAAGAAAUUCUGCUUACGUAUGAAGGCACCUGCAACUUUUUGUCACUCUCCACUAUAACAAUCCCAGACUAUAACCUGACAUCAAGUAAGUCUGAGGCAACAGAGGAGAAGAAGUGAGAAACACUGCCACCUGCAGGUUGGAGUCAGCAUCACUUAAAUUUGUUUUUGACCAUUUUUGCAGAAAAUUUGCCAUGAACUCAAAAUUAUGAGUUAGCGCAAAGAAGUGUGGGAGAAUUUGUUGAAGUAAAAAUAAAGCACUCCCUUAGCAUGACACUGCCCCCACCAUCUUGUGUCGUGUGGUUGGUGUGUUCGUGGAGGUGUGCAAUGUCAGUUUUUCCACAUCUUUCUUCUCAUCACUAAAAAAAUCCAAAUGCUGAAUCCAAAUGCACUUUUCUUUUUUUUUUUUUGUUAAAAAAAAAUUUGUAAGAAAUUUUUUUUCUUCCACUAAACAAUCACAUGCAAAUCUGUAGGUCUGUCACAUGACAAAAUUAGAUUUUUGGUCAUUUUGGAACAAAAUGCUUGGGAAAGUUUCACGGUUAUCUUCUGCGAGGCAGUGAAACUGAACCGGUGCGCCGUCUGUCAAAACCAACCACUUCACCUCAGAAGAGAAACAUUUUAAUGCACCGUUGUUGUAAAUAAACCGUAAGCAGGUUAUGGUCAGCCUCAGCAGAAGUCAUAGAUGUGUCUUGUCUUUUCGCCACGUUCUUGCAGCAACUGUGUGACUUGAAAUGUUUUCUCAGAGAAGCUGCCUUGACUGUUUCUCUGUCAUUUUUAAAGCUUUAUUAUUCCUCCCACCAGAAUGACUUGUUUUUGUGUCAUUUUUAUCUUCGGCCUACCUCUCUCUGGAUCAUUUCCGUCUUUUCUAAUAGGAAGGAACGCUGCACAUUGUGUUCUUUUGGAUCAACUCUGACAGCAGCUACUGUUUUCUAAACAGCUUCCAAACAACACGCUUCCCUCAUUGAAGGUGCUUCGUUCUGACUUUACUCCUACAAUCACAAUCUGCACCAAUCAGAUGUGGAGACAUUCUCUGCGUUUUUACUUAAUGUCUUCAUAUUCCUCAUGCAGCUUUACUGCAGCAGGAGUCAUGAGCACAUAUGAGUGUCUUCUUUAAGAUGGUCACUGUGGUUGUGAAGAAAAAUGUAUUUUUACCCUAAAUUUUCCAAUAUUCAUUAUAGAUGAAUACUUCUGGUGUCAAGUCAUACACAAUUAGGACCGACUUGAAUUUACAAGACGGCCUCCAUGGUUGCCAUGGAAAGAAUCAUUUUUUCACCAAAAUUAGCAAUUGGAUGAAUGUGUUUGCUGUCAACAUAAAAUAAAUAAAUAAAAAUGGCUAUGUAUUUUGAACAAUAGAAACCAUAAAUCACACAAAUUUUCUUGAUUUUGUGUCUCCUUUUUUCUGUGGACAUUUUUCAAAAUGGCCCCCAUGGUCUGAUAUGUUUGCACUAAACUCAGCAGCAGUUUUUGGAAACGGUGGCACCACCGGCCAAAAUGCUCCACUGAUUGGCUGAGAAACAUUAGCGGACGCUAACGCUAACUAGUCUUCGGUCUGCUAGUCGUUAACUGGAAGGAGAUGAAGAUGAUGACACAAACAGCAAAGUCUUCAGUUACAGUUUUAGCGUCUGAUAUUGCUACAUUAAUGUUGUCUGGAUAUGAUGACCAGAACCAGAAACAUUAUGUAACAUAAAGUUACAUAACACCAAUGUCAGUCCUGACAUUGGGUGGCAUUUUAUAGCAAUAAGUCGUUUAAAAAGGUCAAAAAUGGCCGUCCUGAUGAAAUUUGGAAAAUAUGAGAAACAUGCCACCUGAGGGGUGAAAGUGUCAACUUUACAACUUGAUUCCGCACUUCAAAGAUUUUUACAGCGACAUGCUUCCCUGCUGUCAGAUAACUGGACAGACAUGCAUUUUAUUCAAACGAAUUCGACUUCGACAAAAUUCAGAUUUGUGCAAAAUAAGAUAUAAGAUCUGUGUCGUCCUUGUCUGUUGUUGUCUGAUCAGGUCCGUUAUGAUACAGUGAGGACUCUGGGUUUUCAUCUCAUCUUCUUUAAAGUGUUUUCAUAAAAAUUGUCCUGGUUUAAGACAGAACACCAUUUUAAAUGUGAAGCAUUAAAACAAAUAUGUGUUUAGUAGUUUUUUUUGUGUGUGUGUGUGUG